AGACGAGAAGCCGGCAGUUGUUUUCAUUCAUUGUUGAGGAGCAACAAUGGAGGACACAGAGAAAGGCAAAGGAAACCAGAGAUGGAAUUCCGCCAUCGCCAAUCUCACCGACUUAUCUCACAAUCUCACCUCCAUUGAAACGCUACUCCUCAAGAGCGCUGUCUACGUCGAUCCCAAUACUUACAACAGAGCCUCCUUAACCUCCGAACAAGCCCGUACAAUCAAGAUUCUUGAGCAAAGAGUAGAGACAUUAGAACGAGAGGUAGAUGCUGCCAUUUCAGCUUCAGCUCAUGCUCGUAUAGAAAAAAGAGAAGCUGAAGCAGGACAAAAGGCUGCUGAAUUACAAGCAAAAGAGAUGAUAAAAGAGCUUGAAAACACCACAAAGGUGUUUGAAUUGCACAUGGAAGAAUUAAGAACAAAACAAGAAGAAAUUUCAAAGAGGGACAAAGAGAUUAAACUUCUGAAAACUGUUGUUAAGACACUUGGAGGAAACGAUUUGCUUGAAUCAAAGUUUUGAUAUUUAGUUUAUGUUUUAUAAAUAGUAACAUGAAUAGAAAGGUGUACAAUAUUGAAGGCAUGAGAUAUAUGAUACCAUAUAUGAUUAAA